AUGAAGAUUAGACAGUUUAUUUACAAUGAAAUGAAGAUCCAAAAACCGUUAGAAUUUGGAAACAUUCACAGAUUUGGUAAAAGUGAGCCAGGGAAACCGAGACCAAUUAUUGCAAGAUUCCUGUAUUAUUCUGACCUUGAUAUGGUGAAAAAAGCAGGACGAAAUCUAAGAGGUACAUUUUACGGUGUAAACGAGCAGUUUCCACCAGAAAUAGAAGAACAACGACGAAAGCUAUACCCAAUAGCGAAACAGGCGAGAAAAGAGAAAUUAAAAGUUGUAAUGAAAAGAGACAAACUUUACAUUAACGACAAACUUGUUAACCCAGAUGAAAUCGCAGACGAUACCGAGCAUAAAGAGCCUCAAAGACCGAAUAAACGUCCACGGGUGAACUCUACUCCUGAACGAGACGAAACAAAAACUGAUGAUUUAGACGUUAUAGAUUUGCCAGGUUAUAAAUUUGUAAUGAAAAAUAGAUCUCACUUAAACAGAGUAAAAUCAGGUGGAAUUGUACUUGGUUUUAAAGAAUCAUUAUCUGAUCAUAUUUCUGCUGCUGAAACAGACAGUAAAUAUAUUCUAUGGUUUAAAAUUGACAAACAUGUAGUUAAACUACAACAAGAUAUUUUGUGUGGUAUUGUGUAUAUUCCGCCUGAAAAUUCUGUAUAUUGUGUUGGUGAUCCAUUUAGCGAAAUUGAAAGUGAAUUUUUGAAUUUUAGUACAAGUCAUGACAAUAUAUGUCUUUUUGGAGAUUUUAAUGCUCGAACUGCAGAAGAGUCAGACUUUGACGUCGUAAAUUUUGAAGAAUUUUCAGGAAUGUUAGACAUUGAAAAUGAGGGUGUUUGUACUUUAGAUGAGUUAAAUAUAAAUCGAUUAAGGAAAAUAUUAAAUUCUAGCGUUUUAUUUUCGGAUAUUCAUAAUCCACUGUCGUUAAAGAUUACUUGUUAUGAAAAACAAAACGACGUCAGUCAUGAUGAUGAAAUGCAUGAGGAGAAGAUUAAGAGAUGGGAAAAUGAGCAAUUAGACACCUUUAUUAGUAACAUUGAUAGACUUAAAGUAAAUGAAAUACUAGCUCAAUUAACGGAAAUGGUUGAAAAUACAAGUGAAAACUCAAUUAUUAAUAAAGUUGUUGAGGAUGUAUGUCAUUUACUUACAAAUGCGGCAAAGUCUACAUUCGGCACAUUUACUAAAAGACGUAAGCAUACACAAAAUAUAAAAAAAUCAAAACCAUGGUUCGAUAGCGAAUGUAAGGAAGCUAGAAAAAAGUUUCGGUCUAGUAGACGAAAACUUAAGCGAAACAAUACUGACGACAGAGUGAUUGAAACAAAGAAACUAGAAAAGAGUUAUAAGCGAGUAAUGGAUAAGAGCAUUCGUAAACAUAGAAAGAAAAUUAGACACAAGAUAGAAAACUUAAGGUCGAUUAACCCGAAAGAAUACUGGAAGAUUUUGAACGAUGGUAAAAGGGGAAACAAUCCAUGUGUACCUAUUAAUAUUUUGUUUGAUUAUUUUAAGAACUUAAAUUUAGGAAAUUCUGAAGAUGAAGAGAUUGUUUUAGAAAAUUUGAACAAUGUAAAAGAUUUAAAUGUUACAUUAAAUUCACCUAUUACAGAAGAGGAAAUUGAAAAAUCUUUGAGAAAGUUAAAAAAUAAUAAAUCCUCUGGUGAUGAUAUGAUUGUAAAUGAAUAUUUAAAACACUCUUUUAGUGUUAUGUCACAGGUGUUUGUGAAACUUUUUAAUAUUAUAUUUGACAGUGGAACUAUCCCUGAAAAUUGGCUUUCUGGAAAUAUUAUACCUUUAUUUAAAAAUAAAGGUAACAAACAUGAUCCUAGCAAUUUUAGACCUAUAACAGUUAUAAGCUGCUUUGGGAAAUUAUUUACUUCUAUUUUGAAUUCACGUUUGAAUAAAUUUUCUGAUGAUUUUUGUUUACUAUGUCAGAAUCAAGCUGGUUUCAGAGAAGGUUAUUCUACUACAGAUAAUUUAUUUGUUAUCUACAUGCUUAUUAGUAUCAUGAAAAAUAAGAAAAAGAAACUAUUCUGUGCAUUCGUAGAUUUUGCUAAAGCCUUUGAUACUGUUUGGAGAAAGGGUCUUUGGCAUAAAUUACUUGUGAAUGAUAUUAACGUACCUGGAAAUUAA